UCACACACCCACUAGCCCUAUUUAGCUAAAAAUUGGAUCUUUUAAUUUGGAGAUUUUGUAUUUUUUUGUUGAGGGAUAGUUUGGAUUGGAGCUUUUCAUCUGACUAUAUAAAUAGAGGUGUAUAUUCACAUAUACACUAACCCUAUUUGGCUAAAAAUUGGAUCUUUGUUUCUUGUUAGGGAUAAUCUGUAUUGGGUUCUUGAUUAGAAUUCAAAUAUAAAGAAUGGAGGAGUCUGAAAAGAGAAAGGAGAAGCUGCAGAGGCUGGAGAUAAUUCUGAAGUACAAAAAUCUAUAGGGGAACCCCUUGGUGAUGGCCUUACCAAUCCAUUAGUUGAAUCCCCUUCAGCUUCACAACCGUGUAACACGCCUCGUCCAAGACCAAUGAAUGCCGGUUCUCCAGCUUAUCAUGCUCAAGGCAAAUAUAACUCAGCUAAAAGAACGUACCAGCCACGAGGAGUCAAUGCCAUUCCUCUUGGGAUCCGUAGGAAAACUAAUCCCGUUUGUACACCACCAGGGAACUCCUCUAACACUUUGGAUAGCUCUCUUGGCACACCUAACAACUACUCUCCGCCUAAUUCACCGCAAAUUGGCGACAUUUCCAGUGAUUGCUUUCCUCAAGGAGGUGGAGGUGGAGGUGGUAGCCAAUAUGGACAAGGCAGCCCCUACCAAGGUUCAGGAUUCAAAGGCAGUCAUCACCGAGGUUCAGGUCAAAGCAAGGGUCUAUUGAAAGUUUACUAUCACAAGUCAAUGGUGCAAGACCCAUGGAAACUAUUGAAGCCAGUUAUUUGGAAGCCACGUGGAGAUACACGUGACUCUUCGAAUUCAUGGCUUCCAAAAUCCAAUAUCUCAAAGAAGGCUAAACUUGGAGAAACUCCAACAAAAUCCACACCCCAGCAAAGCCUCACUGAAUACCUUGCUGCCGCAUUUACUGAAGCAGCUGGCAAAGACACUGUGAAUUAUGAAUCCGGCACAUAAAGCUUUGUGAUGCUUGGAGUUUUUAGUUAUAAUUAUGUCUCAUACUCCUGUAAUUACUGCAAAUAGCAAGUUGAGCUGUAGCCUAAGACCAUAUUUCUGUACAGUUUCCUGCUCAUUUUAUGUUAUCAUCGACACCUAGUAAGUUUCAAUCGUUGUUUUGCUUUGAUUCA